UCACGAGUCCACAUGACUAAUUGUCCGUGUAUAUGCUUGUAAUAACUUUAUUCUUUAAUUGUAAACAUUAAUUUGGUUUGGAAUACGUAGAAGUUGUCAUAUGCUGUCUAGUUACGUAGAUAUAUAUAAUAGAAGAAGAAGGGCUUAGCAUUUGCCAAGAAGGAAUCCAGUGUCCAUUUCAAAAGUCCUGUACCUGAAGCUAAUCUUUCUUUCUUUCAUUGAUUUGUAGAAGAGAACCUCAAGGCUUGAAUGGUUCAUCUCAUCAAAUAUUGGAUGCCCUCUCUUCUUUUUCUCUCCUUUGGCUCUGCUUGGUGCUAUCGUUGCAUCGGUCUUGACCCUUGAGAUUUUCGUUCCUUUUUCCUUAUUUGUACCAAUAAAACUGUAGAAAUCAUAUCAUAUACUCCGUUAUGUCAAUAAAGAAGGUGAAAGGUACUAGGUUGUUGAUCACGGUUAAUGUCUUAGGAAGUGCUGGACCGUUGAGGUUUGUUGUGAAUGAGAAUGAUAAGGUUGCUAAGGUUGUUGACACUGCUCUGAAACAAUAUGGUCGCGAGGGACGACUUCCAAUUCUGACUUCUAACGUCAAUGAUUUCCUUUUGUACUCAGCUAGUGCUGGAAUGGAUGCUCUGGGAGCAUCAGACUCGAUAGGGUCACUAGGAGUGAGGAAUUUCAUCCUUUGUAAGAAGCAAAAACAGGCAGUGAUGACAGAAGGAAGGGCACAACAUGGAAAUGGGAAAAGGGGAUGGAAGGCUUGGCUCACUAAGUCCUUUAACUUCAAGAUUCAUUCCCAUUGAAUCACACAUGCACUACUCUUUGUCAAUUGUGGUAAUUUCAUCAAGCAUUUGCACUUGUAAUAGACAUGAUAAUUACAUAUAAAAUAAAUGAUGUACACAUUAAUUCCUAAGCUACUUAAAUGAGAGCAUUCAA